UUAAUUAUAAUAAAAUACGGCUUAAUACGACACCCAUUUGAAUUCACACUUACAAGAACAUGCCUCCUGUAGAAGAGUCAACCAUUUCUUUUAUUAAACGGUGGAAUUCUACUGAUGGCCCUAAAGAUUUUUCGCUUCAGAGCUAUAGGACAGCUAUAGCAGAUCUGGUGGAUGCAUUUCUUAAAAAUCUUAAUGAGGCUGCAGAAAGUUUGGCAAGCACAGGCGAGGACAGUGGUAGUUACCGUUCACUUACUGUGUGUCUAGCAUUCCACAGGGAAAAUCCAGACAUUUUCAUUCAGACUUCAGACCAAACAGGCACUAGUUCAGUUGAGACAGAAAAUAUUGAUCCAAUACCAUCUAUUGAUUUCUGCUUCUGGUUUUUCCGUUGUCUACUCCGUCUACUGAGUCGGCCUGACUGCAAAGAUCUGCACCCAAUGACCAUUAAACUAAUGACCCACAUCAUGCAUGCCACCAAGCUAAAGAACAGAUUUGUUUUCAAACACCAGCUUGUAAAUUUCAUAACACUAUGUACAGAACUUGUUGAAGUCAGUGACCAAUUGGAGAAUGGAAUAGAAGGAAACACUUUGAACAGUUUUAAUUUUUCUUUGAAUUUGGCUCGACAAGCCCUGAAAGAUUCAUCAUUGCCAACUGAUGACUGGAGCCUGAAUGAAAGUAAAGUCCAGACAGUUGAGCUGUCACUGGAUGACUCUACACACUGUCAACUCUUGCAAGUAAACCUUGUAAAAAUCCUGGGUCUGAUUCUAGUUGAUGUCUACAUGUUCUGUAAGAGAGAAUGCUACCUUGUGUGGGCAUUUUUGUGUGACAAUUUAGAAAAGGGCAAUGUUGGUCUUAAACUGACUGCCCUUGAAGUGUUGACAGGCUGGCUCAGACUAACAGGUCCGCCUCCCCUGGCUGUUUCUGAUUAUUUCCAUGGCUGUCUGCUGGGGCUGAUAGAGAUGCUGUGCUCUGGAGACAGUGAACUAAGCAACAGGGAGCAAGCUGACUUAGAGCUGUCUCUGUCCAAGUUGAUUGUUGUAGUGGUGGAGGAGAAGACUUUUGUGCAGACAGGGUCUCCACUGAGUGUAUUUCGCCAAGUGUCAAACCAGGUCACAGUUGAAGGACUACAUCAGCUCACAAACCCUGAAGCUAGGCAAGCUGUCACCAGUUUGUUUGUUCAUCUUCUUAAGGCCAUUCCAUCAGCAGAUUUAAAAGGUCAAGUUUACGAGAUGACCUUACGUAAGUUUGUGAUUGAAGUGAUGAAUCUGAUUGGAACCGAGGACAGCACAGAUCUGAUCCUACCCAUGCUUGUGGAGCUACUGCAGAUUGAUGUCAACACCACAGUCACUGACCAGACAUGUAUAAGGCUGAAGAGGUAUGAUUCCUACAUGGCUGCAGCCAACUUUCCUAUACUGAACUUACUCACCAAGAAACUCAAUGCCUUCUCUUCAAACCAGGGAAUAGAAUAUCUCAUUUUAUCUCAGGCCCCAAGCAGUCAAGAACUGGAGUGUGUUUAUGUAGUGAUGACAGUUGUCACACAAAUUCUGCUUCAUCAGCAAGAUUUACCUGACAGCUUCUACCUAGUCAUGUGUUCUGAUCAUAUGAUUAACUCUUCUCUUGAUGCCUGGAUUCGCUACUUUAAUGGUGUCUGCAGCGGGCAAGUGGAGAGUGGUCAACUAAAAACUUGCUACCAAAAAAUCGUGAAGUCAAUAGCUUUUCUUCUACUUGUAAACAAUAUACGGCCGUUACAUGCAUCAGUACUACAGCAGUUCUCAUGGAUAGUCACAUUACCAUGGAUUCCAGGGGAUAUGUCAUGGAAGGAUAUGAAGCCAACUAAACCCAAGGAAGUGGCAAACAUUGCUUCGAAACUCUCUCAAUCUUUUGAUGUCCAGGUCAUGUGCUUGUGCAUAAAAGCAAUGGCAUUGCUGCCUCGUGAAAUAGCAGGAACCUGGAGAGCUCACAUUCUUACUCAAGCAAUGAGUGACAGCGAUGAGGAGGUGAUGAGAACAGCUGUCAAAUUCUUCCCAAUCUGUCUUCUCCAUAUGGGGAACAAGAGCAACCAUUUGGUCCAGGAGCUGUUGUACCCCUUGUUGGAUAUGCCGAGCAAGAUGCACCUUACUAUAGCAAAACAUUUAGGCUCUAUUUUCAUUACUCUGGCUCAGUCUGCUUGUAUGGUUUGGUCUAAAGUUCAAGGCCCUAAGUAUAGCCUGGAUGAUAUUGAUGUUACACUUAAAAACACCAAGAAGGAAAGAAAAGAUAAAGGGCUUAUGAUUGACAGCAGCCAAGUUCUGCCUUUUCUUUCUCUGCUUAAAUGUACUGAUAAUGAAACAAGAUUGUAUUUGGUGGAAAGCUUGAGUUUUGUGUUUGAUGUCAUGGAUAUUGACAGUCAAAGUGCUGUAUCCAUUAUCCAAAGUUGUCUGGAUCUUUUACUUGAUGAAAAUGAAGAUGUAAGGACUGGAUGCUGUUGCCUUUUGGACCAUAUUCUAGAAACAGCACAGGAAGGGUCAGCCAGCCUGGUGUGGACAAGACUCAAAACUAUUGCUGAUCAAUGUAGUCAGCAGUACCUCCCUCAAGUUAUUUUAGCCAUUGGUCAAUUUGGAAGGUUGGUUGAAGGUGAACUUCUAGAGUCUGCUGUUAUCUCCCUUUUAAAACUCCGAUUUAAUCCCAGCAUGUCAGUUGCUGCUGUAGCAUUGGAGCAAUUACAGAGAAUAGCCAAUGACAAGAAAGAAUCAAUGCAACUAAUUUAUGCACGUUUCAAGCCAGCCAUAUACAAGUUUGUUGUAGAGGCUAUCACUGCAGAUGAGCAAACAACUGGAGGGAUGAAUGCAAAAACUAUCCUGGUAGACGUUGCCAAGACAUUUGAGUCAGAGAACCUUAAAGCCUUCAUCCAGACAGGAGAGAAGUACAUGCUGCCAUUGUUAGUACAACGUGCAUCUCCUGAAGCAACCAAAGUCAUCAAACUACUGGCUGGCCAGCUGUCGUCCAGCACUAGCUACCACGCCCUUCUUAUGGACAACACAAAGUACAUCUUCUCCUUCAUAGUUCGCUCGUGUCAAAAGGAAGAAAUGGAAAAGGCAUUGUUGUAUCUACAGGAUAAAACAGAAUUUAGUCUGGGCAAUCUCUUGCGUCUUGACUUUCAGAGGGUUCACAAUGAAUUGCUGGUGCAUUUAUCAACUCACUAUCAGCAGGUUUUUAAUGGACUAAAGACAGUGGCCUCUCAUGAUGAUCAGUAUAAAGGAUCAAAAUCCAUUCAAACUCCUGAGCAAAUGGCUCAGUACCUAGAACCACGGCUCCUGGGCGUGCUGGCUUUCUUUGACUCUCAACUCAUCAAUUCCAACAUCACACUGGAGGACAAAAAACUGGCUUUAAGAAGCUUGAUCUCCAUCAUCCAGUUAAUGGGAUCAAGACACAUUGGCUCAAUCAGAUACAAAGUCAUGAACACGCUCAGGCUGGGACUUAAGUACACAGACCCAGGCUUUGUGGAGAUCUCUUGCAAGGCCUGGAGUUGUUUUGUUCACAGUCUGGAGCUGUCGCUGUUGGGUGGGAUGAUGUCACAGAUCAUUGCUACACUUCUUCCACUGCUGCAAGUUUUACCUGUGCAGGUGGCAGAAAUAUUUAAUUAUCUUAUUGUAGAAAACAGGGUGGCUUUAGGUCAACACUUCCAUGAGAUUUAUUUUCUACCAGACAUAAAAGAACUGUCAGCUGUGCAUGCAGUGUUGAGGCAAAGAGGAGAACAUUCAGCCAGCAGUGAAGAUCUUAAGACAACAUUAACCCAUUCUAUCAAUGGCAUACACCAUGAGAGUCUAGAUGUUAGAGCACAUGCACUGUCAAAGCUGAGAAAAAUUCUACGGGAUAAGAGGAAGGAACUGAGCAGCUUUGUGUUGAAUAGUGAGACAGCAGAGCCUUUGCUGUCACAGUUGGUCUCAGCUCUUUUGAUUGGCUGCCGUGAAACUGACUCGCACACCCAGCUGCUGUAUGGCCAGUGUUUAGGAGAGUUGGGAGCCAUUGAUCCUGGAAGGUUAGAUCUCAUCAGUCAGCAUCCAGAGAGCAAGUCUCUACAGUUCUGUGCUAGCAUUGUUGAGGACAAGUUUGCUUUUGGUCUGAUCAACAUUGUUGUCAAGGCAUUUCUGGCAGCCACAGAACCAAGAAUCCAAGAUUGUGCUGCCUUUGCCUUGCAAGAGUUGCUGAACAUCUACAAGAUCCAUCAGUCUGGUACAAAUAAACUAUGGACCAGUUUCACAGAAGACAUGCAGGAAAUCUUGAUUCCCCUCCUUAGUAGCAAGUACAAACUGGAUAUCAGGUCGAUCAACUACCCCCGGCCUAUCUAUGGCAGUGAAAAGGGAAAAAACUUUAAGGACUGGAUCUCAAACUGGACUGGUUACCUUAUAACUAAGAUAAACCCCGGUACAGCCAAGCAGGUGUUCACUGCAUGUAGUGCAGUGAAGCGUCACAGCAAACAGGUGGCUCUUUACAUCCUGCCUCAUGUGGUGCUGCAGGUUUUAACUGAUGGGACAAGGGGCAAUGUGGAUGAGAUUUAUAGAGAGCUGAUGGAAGUUCUGUGUGCCAUGCAGAAACCAGAGAGCAUCCAGGACAGUAGCACCAACUUUCAGCACCUGAGUGCUCAAACCAUUUUCUCCAUCAUGGAUUACCUAACCAUGUGGCUAAACCACCAGGUGCAAGCUUGUUCAGGUGGAAGAAUGGCUGCCAGAGCAGAGACUUAUGAGAGUAACCCAUGUUACGCUGCAGUAAAAGGAUUUUUAAAAAGAAUUCCCCAAGACGUUCUGGCUGAGGCAUGUUUGAACUGUAAAGCCUACACCAGAGCUCUUCGACACUUUGAGAUGUUUGUCUCUGCUGAUCAGGAUAUACAGAAGCACUUAGACUUUAUGCAGAAACUGUAUGUUUUGAUGGAUGAACCAGAUGGUGUGCUGGGCAUCUCAGCUGUUAGAGUCUCACAACCUACACUAAUGCAACAAAUCUUAACACAUGAGGCAUUAGGAGAACUGCAAGAUGCGCAGGCCUGCUAUGAUCGUGCUAUAGAGCUGGAGCCAGAUGUCAUUUCACACCAUCACGGCAUCUUGAAGAGUCUAAUGGACUUGGCCCAACCUGGAUCUGCACUCUUUCGUGCUACUGGCAUUCUUGCUGAGAGACCAAGCUGGACACAAGAACUAAACAGUUAUUGUAUUGAGGCUGCCUGGAAACUCAGUAGCUGGGACAAGCUGGAGCAGGUGCUCAAAUGUGAAAAGGGGGGUAACAACAACUGGGCUGUACUGACUGGAAAAAUCCUCAUGGCCUCUAAAGUCAAGAAAGAGUCUGAAUUCCUGGAGUGCCUGGAGCUGGCUAGAAAAGAUCAGAUGGGACCUCUGUCAGCUGCCAGCAUGGAGAUGGGCUCUUACUCUAGAGCUUAUGAAAACAUUCUCAGGCUUCACAUGAUUAAUGAAAUUGAGGAAUUUUUCCAAGUUUUAGUGGAUUUCCCACACAAUAUUGAUGACCACAGAGAUGUCAUUGUUUUACCAUCAGCUAGUGAUCUUCUUGAGCAGUGGCAUCAAAGGUUACAAAUGACCCAGUCAUCAUUCCGCACGCAAGAACCAAUCCUUACACUACGCCGUACGCUGUUGUCUCUCAUACAAAAGGACAGACAUCCUGGACUAGAAAGACAGAUUGGCAAGUGGUGGCUGUGGAGCGCCAAGGUGGCUAGGAAAGCUGGAUACCUCCAGUCUGCCUAUGGAUGUCUCAUCCAGGCAAGUUCUUACAACUUGCCAGAGUUUUAUGUGGAGAAAGCCAAGUGGUUAUAUGAGAAGGGUGAAUCUGUGUCUGCUAUAGCCUGUUUAGACAAAGGUAUACAGGAACAUUUUGGUACAGAUCUUGGCAAGAUAGACACCCUUAACCAGCCACUGAAACAGGUGUAUGCACAGGCAAUGCUGCUCUAUGCCCGCUACAGCGAAGAGACGUCAAAUUUGGAGACUAACUCCAUUGUCAAAUCUUAUAAAAAUGUCAUUGCUGCUUGCCCAGAAUGGGAAGAUGGAUAUUUUCAUCUAGCCAAGUAUUAUGAUCGUGUGAUGAAUACCAUCAUUGAUGAUAAAGAUAAAGCUGAGAAACAAGGGGAUUUCAUCAUUUAUGUGGUGAGAAACUUUGGCCACUCCUUGCAGUAUGGCAACCAGCACAUUUACCAGUCCUUGCCUCGACUGCUGAGCCUGUGGCUGGACUACGGCACCGUUGUUGUAGAGGCUGAGAGACGGGACAAAGGCAAACAAACACAGAAACUCAAGAACCAAAGGACUGUUCUCAAAAGGAUUAAUGAUAUAAUUUGUGAACUAAACCAAGAGCUUUCUCCUUACCAAAUGUUUACAGCCUUUGCGCAGCUGAUAUCUCGCAUCUGUCAUGCUCAACCAGAUGUCUUCAUUGUUCUUAAGGAAAUAAUUUCUCGUUUGUUGAUAGAGUAUCCACAUCAAGCAAUCUGGAUGAUGAUGGCUGUAUCAAAGUCCUCCUAUAAGAGAAGAGCUGAGAGAUGUACAGACAUAUUUGCUACAGCAGUACAAAAAAGACCAGGCUUGUCUAAAUUAAUCCAGGAUUACAUCCGCCUAACAGAUCAUCUAAUUGAAGUGUGUGAGAAACAUCUGGAUCCAGGAAGUACCAGCUUAAAUGUGACUUUUCGACCUCUAAAGCGCUUGUUUGAGGAUAGGAACCUGAGCCAAAUGCUGCUGCCCACCCAAGCUUCAGUGUGUGUCAAGCUGCCAGCUACUAUAGCCAGAGACCAACAGCACAGUCCCUUCCCAGACAAUCCCAUUUACAUCCAGGGCUUUGAGGACAAUAUUGAAGUUCUCCCAUCACUGCAAAGACCAAAAAAGAUUACAAUACUGGGAAGUGAUGGUCAGCGUUAUGUCAUGAUGUGCAAGCCCAGGGAUGAUCUACGCAAGGAUUGCCGCUUGAUGGAUUUUAACAAUGUGGUCAACAGAUUUCUUCGUAGAGACCCAGAAUCCAGGCGUAGAGGUUUACUUAUUCGAACUUAUAAUGUGACACCACUAAACAAAGAGUGUGGGUUAAUCGAGUGGGUGAACAACACAACUGGACUACGCCAUGUUUUGUUGAAGCUUUACAAACAGAGAGGCAUCUUCAUGACAGGAAAGGAACUAACUGCAUUGAAACCUCCUCUAAAUGCCAGUAUAGAAACUAAAAUGAAAAUUUUCAAGGAGAAGCUGCUACCCAAACAUCCUCCCCUGUUUCCUGAGUGGUUCUUAAGGACAUUCCCUGACCCCACCUCAUGGUAUAGUGCUAGAGUAUCCUAUGCAAGGACUGCAGCUGUGAUGAGUAUGGUAGGAUACAUUCUAGGCCUAGGAGACCGGCAUGGAGAGAAUAUCCUCUUUGAUUCAACAACUGGGGACUGCAUUCAUGUUGAUUUUAACUGCCUGUUUAAUAAGGGAGAAACUUUUGAGUGGCCUGAGAGAGUCCCUUUUCGUCUAACACACAACAUGACAGCAGCUUUUGGACCACUGGGCUAUGAAGGUGUGUUCAGGCGAGCAUGUGAGAUGACUCUCAAAGUGAUACGUGAUCAGAUGGACCCACUCAUGAGUGUGCUCAAACCUUUCAUCUAUGACCCUCUGGUGGAGUGGAGCACACAGUCCUCAAGGGGACAGCACUCCAGUGAAACAGGGGAGAUAAAUAAUGAGCUGGCUUUAAGUCAUGUUCAGAACAUUGAAGAUAGAAUGCGUGGAAUAUUAAAGACCAAAGCAAAACCCAGGUGUCUUCCACUGUCUAUUGAAGGUCAUGUUGACUAUCUGAUCAAGGAGGCCACAGAUGAAACCAAUUUAUGUGCUAUGUACAUUGGUUGGGCUGCUUUCAUGUGAUCCUGGCCUGCUGCAGGAUGUUUACUUUGCCACAUGACUUAUGUGCUACAGGAUGUGUACUUUGCCACAUGACUUAUGUGCUGCAGGAUGUGUACUUUGCCACAUGACUUAUGUGCUGCAGGAUGUGUACUUUGCCACAUGACUUAUGUGCUGCAUAUCUGUCAUGAGCUUUGCUAGCUGAUGUAAAUGUUUUCUAAUUCACUGAAUUGUAUGCCUUAUUUUCAUGUUAUAUUUUUUCAAUGUAAAUCAGAAAGGUUA